AUGGCGACCGCAAGCACAGCUGGCCUGCAGCCCGGAGGGGACUCCUAUUACUUUGCCUAUGUGAGUAACCUGUUAAAAGAGCGGAUUCUCCUGGACAACCCGUCUGCAUCCUUUCACACCAUAGCCUUACUAAAGAAUUUCAAGCUUGCUUUUGGCACCUCUGAAGGAAACAUGAAUUCCAGGUGGCACGGAGGAGUGGCAACUGUGGUGGAGAGUGAAGGAGAUGAAGUCUGGUGUGUUGUAUGGAAAAUGGGCAUUUAUUCUUUGAACUCUUUGGACAUACAGGAAGGUGUUCACAAGGGCAUUUAUGAACCAAUUGAGAUUAAAGUCCAGACAGCGGGAGGAGAUCUCAUCUGCCGGUGCUACCAAAUGAAUAAAUGUGUUUACGGACUCACGUCCCCCCAGUACAAACAGGUCAUGUGCAUGGGUGCAAAGCAGAACGACUUACCACUUCAAUAUCAGAAGAUGUUGGAAGAUAUACAAACAAACGAUUAUUCAGGUCCAAUCCCAAUCAUGGACAGAUUAAUGGAUGCAAUCAGAAAUAUACACAAUGAUGAAUAAUUAGGGUUUGCAUUCAAUUUAAGCAGGCAUGCUUAGUUCCCCUCUGAACAGAUUUAGUAUUGAA